UCGAGAGAGAGAGAGAGAGAGAUGGCAGCAGAGCAAACAGGCAAAACGUCUGAAGCAUAUCCGAUGAAAGGUGGAGAUGGUGUCCGUAGCUACGCCAACAACUCGUCUUACCAGAGAGGAGUUAUUGACUCUGCAAAAUGGCUGAUCACUGAGGCAAUUGCAGAAAAGCUUGAUGUUGACAACUUCGUUUCAUCAUACACCUAUAGAAUUGCAGAUUUAGGUUGCUCUGUUGGGCCUAACACAUUUUUUGCAGUGCAAAACAUAAUUGAGGCAUUACAGUUUAAGCAUCAACGCCAAGGGCUUCAUUCUCAGCUCCCUGAAUUUCAAGUCUUCUUUAAUGAUCACAUCUUGAAUGAUUUCAAUACACUCUUCUCAUCCCUCCCACCAAACAGGGAAUAUUAUGCUGCAGGCGUGCCAGGUUCUUUCCACAGUCGCUUAUUUCCCAAUGCAUCUUUGCAUUUCGUUUUUUCUUCUUAUUCCAUCCACUGGCUUUCCAAAGUACCAAAACCGGUAGUCGACAAAAGCUCCCCUGCUUGGAAUAAGGGGAGAAUCCACUACCCAAAUUCAAAUGAUGAAGUUGUUAAGGCCUAUCAAGCUCAAUACACUGAAGACAUGGAGUGCUUCCUGCAUGCUAGGGCUAAAGAGGUUGUGUGUGGAGGAUUGGUUGCACUUAUCAUUCCUGGCCGCCCCAACGGAAUGCGCCAUUCUCAAUCUCUAACAAUUGGCGUCCUUGAAUCUUGCCUCAUGGACAUGGCUAGGAAGGGAAUAAUCAGUGAGGAGAAAGUGGACUCUUUUAAUCUACCAGUGUAUCUCAUGUCUCCCCAAGAACUGGAAGCUGCUGUGGAUCGAAAUGGAUAUUUUAGCAUAGAGAGAAUUAUUACAGAACUUGGUACCGUACCUGAAACUCAAAGCCAAAAAAUAUCAUCCAACUUUCAAGCAGCAUUUGAAGGAGUGAUCAUGGCACAUUUUGGAUAUGAGAUCUUAGACGAGCUCUUUGACUCAUUUGGAAAGAAAUUUGAAGUAGAAUUCAUGACCAAGCCUAUGUCAGGAAGUUCCUCUAUUUUCUUUGCUCUUCUUAAACGCAAAGCAACAAAUUAGAAUGCCCUUUGUUUAUUUUCGUUUAGUUUGUUAAGUAAUGGGAUUCAUGGAGCUUUAGUAUUUUCUGCUUUAGCUUCAUUAUUAUGUUAAUGCCAUGCUAUAUGUCUGAAGGAAAAUAUUACACCAUUAUGAAUUUCAAA